AUGGUAUUCUUCAAGUCUAGAUACACUCGCGCAGCGGCAGUCCCGCGAGCAACCGCCGUCCUCCGCAGCAGCACAACAAUAGCAUUCCCCCACCGCCCCUUCGCCUCCAAAACCGCCCAAGCAACCCAAGGUCAAGCCUCCCCCGGCACCGCGUCCAACGUCGGAUCGAACCCGGGCAGCGCAUCAGCCGAGCAGCAGCAGGUCAGGAAGGGCCGGGCGAGCGGCGCCGCCUCGUCGCCCGACUCGGCCAGCGUGGCGACGCCGGUCAGCAAGCCCAGCGAGGCGACCGGUGGGCAGCAUAGCGAGGAGGACACGGAUGCGCAGGCGGCGUUCAAGCAGGACCCGGACAAGAGCGGGGGCGAGAAGCGGCGCGCGGUUGAGGAGCAGGGGCAGAAGCCGCUGGAUCCGGCGGAUAAAUAG